AUGCACCCUUCAAGACAGGCGUACGUGGAGGAGUCCGAGGAUACGGAAAUGGGCAUUGACCUGGCAAACGUCCCCGUCGACCGCGACUAUGAUAUUCCCUCUGCUGCAGCGGGCAUACCCGCGGAACGAGCAUCUGCCAUUCUAUCACAAUUCGAGCGCAAGCGACGGGCAGCUGCCAUGGCGGUUCCGACGGAUGAUAACCGUGUGCGCGCACGACUGCGAGAGCUUGGUGAACCGAUCACUCUUUUCGGAGAAGGUCCCGUGGACCGGAGAGACAGACUGCGUGAGCUUCUGACGGAUCUGGCCGAGAGGCAGGAAGCAGCAGCUGCGGAAGGUGAUGUCUCCAUGCGAGGUACCACAGAGGAAACUGAAGCGGCAGAAGAGGAAGCAGAACAACAGGAAGAAUUCUACACAGAGGGUUCCCAGGAGCUACUCAACGCCCGAAAAGCAAUUGCCCGCUAUUCCCUACCCCGAGCGAAAGCACGAGUAGAACGCUUACGAGAGGAAUCUACAAUCCCAUUGAGAACACAUAUCAAACACCGCAAAGCGAUCAAAGAGAAGUUGCAAGGGUUUGACCUUUACGGGUCGCAGAUUGCGGGCGACCGCCCUGUGAGCAUUUGUCGCUUUGCGCCAGACGGAAAGACGAUCGCUGCGGGCAAUUGGGGUGGUGGUAUCCGGCUGCUCACGGUGCCGAAUCUGGAGGAGAAGUCAAACCUCAAUGGACAUACGGAUCGUGUCGGUGGAUUGGCGUGGUUCCCCGGUGCAACGCUUCCUUCCUCGAAUGUGUCCGAGUCGAGUGUCAACCUUGUCUCCGGGGGCGGCGAGGGCAACGUGGCGCUGUGGUCAUUGGAUAAAGAUACACCACUAGCGACACUGUCAGGCCACAGUGGCCGUGUAUGCCGGACAGAAUUCCAUCCUUCAGGGCGGUACAUCGCAUCUGCUUCGUUCGACACGACAUGGCGCUUGUGGGACGUCGAGACAACAGUCGAACUCCUUCUUCAGGAGGGUCAUUCACGAGAGGUUUAUACGGUGGCAUUUAACAAUGAUGGUUCUCUGCUGGCUAGCGGCGGUCUGGACAGCAUUGGUCGAAUCUGGGAUCUACGGACGGGCCGCACGGUCAUGAUCCUUGAGGGACAUGUCCGAGAAAUCUACGGUCUCGACUGGGGUGUAGAUGGAUACCGUGUCUUGUCAGGUUCGGGGGAUGGCUGGAUCAAGUGUUGGGACCUCCGCCAAGUACGCAAUAUUGGUGGGAUCGGCGCACAUAAAAGUGUCGUGUCGGAUGUACGGUGGUACAAGGGCACUGAGUCGGCUGCAUCUUAUCUGCCGUCCACUGAAAGCAAUGGACGAAUGGACGUUGACAGCAACCCGACACUCACAACGAGCGAACAGUCAACACCAGCAACCCCAAUUCAACCAAAGAAGUCAGGCACAUUCUUUGUCAGCAGUGGGUUCGACAAGAACGUCAAUAUCUUCAGCGCGGAUGACUGGUCUCUAGUCAAGUCCUUGAGUGGCCAUGCAGGCAAUGUGCUCAGUACAGACAUCAGUGAUGAUGCGCAGUGGAUUGCCAGUUGCGGGCACGAUCGGACUGUGAAGCUCUGGGGCAUAGAGUGA